GGGACCAUGAUACCUCCGGGAGACUGCAUGUACGCGGGCAGGAAGAGGAGGAAGCCCGUCCAGAAACAGAAGCCGUCCUCUGCCACUGAGAAAACCAACCCGUCCAAGCGGCACAGAGACAGGCUGAACGCUGAGCUGGACCGGCUGGCCAGCCUGCUGCUUCCCCCGGACGUCAUCUCCAAGCUGGACAAGCUGUCCGUGCUGCGCCUUGCAGUCUCCUAUCUCCGCGUCAAGAGUUUCUUCCAAGUGGGCGAUGAGAAGCCCUCCCGGAAACACAGUAUCAGCACAGCAUCCUCAAUCCCUGAACCCAGGAAAGAGAGCCUUCAACUGGGCACCACAGUCAACGAAAGCGGCCUCCUUCUGGAAUCUCUGACAGGCUUCGCCUUGGUGGUAAGCAGUGAUGGGAUGGUAUUUUAUGCCUCUUCAACCAUUGUGGACUAUCUGGGAUUUCAUCAGACUGACGUGAUGCAUCAGAAUGUGUUUGACUACAUCCACGUAGACGACCGCCAGGAGUUCAGACGCCAGCUCCACUGGGCCAUGUGUCCUCCGCAGGGGGCGUCGGCACACCAGGACAACCAGCUAGCUGCAGGGACCGGUGAGGACUUUGUAGUGAGCAGCCUGUUCCAUUCUCCGGAGGCAGGAGGAAUUCCACCAGAGCUCUCCUGCUUUCUCAACAGGUGUUUCAUUGCUAGAGUCCGAUGCCUCUUGGACAGCACCUCUGGUUUCUUGACUAUGCAGUUCCAGGGUCGGUUGAAGUUUCUCCACGGUCAGAAAAAAAAGUCAGCCUCUGGGGCCCUGAUGCCUCCCCAGCUUGCUUUAUUCUGCAUAGGUGUACCCCUCCUACUGCCUUCCAUCACUGAGAUGAAAAUGAAGAACAUGUUAAUGCGGGGAAAGAACAAGGGAGCAGGUGGAGGGAUGAUCUCUGCACUUGAGCACGGUGAGCGAGGGGAACACCUCCGGAGGCAUUCCUUUGGUGGAGGAAUGGGCGACAUAGCAGACCCUGUCCUUCUCUCCUGUCCCACUCCUGGCGCCAACCAGCGGGGUCACCACACUCCCUGGACCCCACUCUCCAAAGACAACCUCAAGUACCGCCCUGAGGGUUACUACAACCAGGAGGAGCCCCUCAACUACUGCAAGUCCACCAUGGCUCCCCAUAAAGGUGUUAGCCCAGGCAUGGGCUGCAACUGGCCUCUGCGGCCAAACUCCGGUCCCCUCAGAGCAGGCCAGGGCAUCGGCUACAUCCCCUCUAACCGCAUGAACAAGGCCGGCCAGUAUGGGAAGCCAUACCGCCUUUCCCCGAGCUGCCACAGCGGCAGAGGCGGCGAGGUGUUUGUCUCUAAGCUCUACGGGAACGUCCAGAUUCCCACAGACCCAGACGCCUACUGCGUGGACCUGGUGAAGAACGAGAACGGCUACGGGGAAUGCUACGAUGGCCACCUGAUGCCCGAGAUGCCGCCCAUCAAGGUGGAGCACGACUCGGACUCUGAGAACGGCUGCGAUGCCUAUGGGCGACCCUGGGCUUGCCGCGACCCCGAGGCCAUCGACCGCCGCUACGGCAACGGGGUAUACGACCAGAGCUCAGGCGUCCAUCUCAAAUCAGAGGCGGAUUACUAUGAUCCGCAGUACUCGCCCUGCCAGCGGGGGAAAGCAGGGAUCAGCCCACCGUACAACAACGGCAACUAUCAGAACUAUGCAGUCAACAGUGGGAACACAACCGGACGUCCGUUGAAAUGUGACAAAGACCUGGGCAAUCACAACGACAACAGCCACUUUAGUCCUCAGAGACUCUCUCACUCAGACUCUACUCUAUGCAGCAACCAAUCGGUCAACCUCAUGGACUCACACGUCUAUCAACAGGACCCUCACAAGGCCUACAUGCAACCGGACUACAACAAGCAUGGCACUUAUGAGUUCAAAGGUCACGGCCUGGUCCAUUCCAUCAAGCGGGAGCCCAUGGACUCCCCACCGUGGUCUGAGAACGCUCACAACAUAAGCCAGUCCAUGAUGGUUGGUCCAAGGAACAUUAUGCCAUGUGUAAUGAGCUCGGGUCACCACAAGUCCAGUCCCUACAUUUAUUUGCCAUAAGAGUGAUUGGUGCA